AUGAGCAAGUUGUGCUGUUUCGGAUUAUCGUUGGCCACCAGAAUCAUCAGCACCUACACGAUGUCGAUCUCGAUACUCAUGGUAAACCUGUUAAUGAGCAACUAUUUCUCGAGAGAAACAGACAACGAAUUCUUCGAUUCCAUUGAAAACUGGGGUCUGUUUGGUUUGAAUUGGCUGCAGGUUUUGAAAAAUUCACAGAUGGAGAAGAAAAAAAAUCUAAAAUUCGUAGCUCAAACAGCCGUGGUGUUUCUUCUCGUGUACACGAUAUUAUUCCUACUGACCAGUGCGUAUCUAGCCUUAGGAUCGAUCUCCAGGAAACCUAAGUGCGCCGUGCCUUGGAUGUAUUUGCAAAUGAUUAACAUAAUAGAUCAGUCUGUGGCGCUAUCUAUUCAUCUGACGCACGGACCACAAUGCGAUGUUUACGAUAAAUCAAUAUGGUACAUUCCAGUGUCCAGCGUCUAUCUACUGUUGUGCGCGUACUUUUGGAUGGUCGUGCAAGCGGCAAGAAAAGAAUGGUCGAUCGAGCAACGAAGUUGCACGGACUUUCCUCUGAGCGAAGCCAUAUCCGUGACACAACCUAGCAAUGGUAACGAACCGAAAUCGCCGUCCUUCCUUUCGCAGAACUUCUCGAUGUUCGAUUCACCGAGACCGCCGACGAUUCUACCAAAGUAG